CAUGGCCAGACCUGCUACCCCACCAAAAUCUAGGACUAAUCCACCAAACCCCUAACUACAACCACCAACACUACUAUAAUGGUUAAGCGUAGGAGUAUAAAGGCUCAGGAGCGCAAUUUACGACUUUCUGAAGCUGUUCUAGGAGUACAGACUGGAAAAUAUAAAUCUUCAAAUGCUGCAGCUAUAGCCUUAGGGCUAUGGCCAGACACUGUACGUAAACGCGUAAGUGGUGUACAGCGUGUACAGGCUGAAGCGCAAUUACCUAACCAGCUAUUGUCAAAAAAUCAGGAAAUUGUCCUCUUAAAGUGGAUUAAGGAGCUUACUGCAAGUGGCUACGCUCCUAGCCAUCGGAUAUUACGUGAGGUUGCAGACGAAGUUCGGUCAAAUAAGUGUCGCGUUUUUCAGCCUCAACACCUACAACUACAACAACAACCUCAAACUCAACAACCUCAAAUACCUAACUUACCUCUUAGGCAAGAGACGUAGAGUUGAGGCACAAAGGAUGAAUGGGGUUACAAAGUAGGUGUUAAAGGGGUGGUUUGACGCGUAUAAGGGCCUUAUAACAGAGCAAAAAAUCGAAAACUACAACACCUACAAUAUGGAUGAGACUGGAUUUUCAAUUGGAACUAUGCAAUCUACACGAAUUAUAGUCGAUUCUACACUCCGUACGCGUUUUCAAGCUCAUCCUAGCCGACAGGAAUGGGUGUCUGCUGUUAAAUGCAUCUGUAUGGACGGAACAGCUAUUAAGCCCCUUAUUAUUCUUAAAGGACAGAACAUCCUACAAAGCUGGAUUCCGAAGGAGGUUAUACAAAAAUGGCACUUCUCUGCAAACACAAAAGGAUGG